CAGCACCCAGGGCUGCUUGAAGCCACGGGGAUGGGGAGCCCUUAACCCACCAUGACGUUCAAGCAAGCAUCCAUGAUGGCCCCAGAGGCCACGGCCACCACAAUACCUGUGGCCACGAUGGAGAACUCCACCGAGGCUGCGGGGCCAGGCGAGAGCAAGGAGGACAUGUUCACCAAGCUGAGGGACAAGUUCAUGAAUGAGCUUAACAAGAUCCCCUUGCCGCCCUGGGCCCUCAUCGCCAUUGCGGUGGUAGCUGGACUCCUCAUCCUCACCUGCUGCUUCUGCAUCUGCAAGAAGUGCUGCUGCAAGAAGAAGAAGAACAAGAAAGAGAAAGGCAAAGGCAUGAAGAAUGCCAUGAACAUGAAGGACAUGAAGUCAGGCAACCAGGAUGAUGAUGACGCAGAGACGGGUCUGACAGAGGGGGAAGGUGAGGAGGAGGAGAAGGAGCCAGAGAACUUGGGCAAGCUGCAGUUCUCAUUGGACUACGAUUUCCAGGCGAACCAGCUGACAGUGGGGAUCCUCCAAGCUGCUGAACUGCCAGCUUUGGACAUGGGUGGCACCUCAGACCCGUACGUCAAGGUGUUCCUGCUCCCUGACAAGAAGAAAAAGUACGAGACCAAAGUGCAGAAGAAGACACUCAACCCUGCCUUCAAUGAGACCUUCACCUUCAAGGUCCCCUACCAGGAACUGGGUGGGAAGACACUAGUGAUGGCCAUCUAUGACUUCGAUCGCUUCUCCAAACACGACAUCAUUGGUGAGGUGAAGGUGCCCAUGAACACGGUGGACCUGGGCCAGCCCAUUGAGGAGUGGCGGGACCUGCAGAGUGGCGAGAAGGAGGAGCCAGAGAAGCUAGGAGAUAUCUGCAUCUCCCUCCGGUAUGUGCCCACGGCUGGGAAACUCACUGUCUGCAUCCUGGAGGCCAAGAACCUGAAGAAGAUGGAUGUCGGGGGUCUCUCAGAUCCCUAUGUGAAGAUUCACCUGCUGCAGAAUGGCAAGAGGUUGAAGAAGAAGAAGACCACAGUCAAGAAGAAGACCCUGAACCCCUACUUCAAUGAGUCCUUCAGCUUUGAGAUCCCCUUUGAGCAGAUACAGAAAGUGCAAGUGGUCAUCACGGUGCUGGACUAUGACAAGCUGGGGAAGAACGAAGCCAUCGGCAAGAUCUUCACGGGCCUCAACUCCACCGGCACAGAGCUGCGGCACUGGUCCGACAUGCUGGCCAACCCCCGGCGGCCCAUUGCCCAGUGGCACUCGCUGAAGCCAGAGGAAGAAGUAGAUGCAGCUCUUGGGAAAAACAAAUAGGAAGAUCUGCCGGCCAGCGCGGCCCGGCACUGCGGACAGUGGGGGCGACCCAGAGCUACUGAUACCUCAGUUACGCAACCUUUGGUUUUGGUUUUUAUGUUCUGUUUUAAGCUGAAAUACCCUUUGAUGGCUGUGGAAGGGUUUCCAGACAGUCCCAAUAGCUUCCAGGGGAAGAGGUUAAAGACACAGAUGGUUCUUUUCGUUCUUCAGCGUUGCUCCAUUCUGCUGCAUGUCCCAUCACCUCCGCUCACCAUCCCUUCCAGGUGGACCCUUCCAGAUCCCACCUGGGACCUUCCUCAGCGGCUGUGACACCAGCCUGCAGCAUUGCUGCCACCGUCCUUCCCUUGGGUUCAUGUGGGGAACCAUUGAACGUUGCAUGGAGGUGAUACUGGAGCCUGAGAGUGCGAGAUGACCAGACCCACUGUGCUUGCUUGGGGCAUGAACAGCUGCGUGGACAUCAAAAUGGUGGAGAAGACUCUCUGUGGGAGACCCAGGUGCCUCCUGCUCUGCCUCCUUCUGUCCGGGAAAGGUGAAAGCCAUGGUUUCACACCAAGGAUAGCCAAGUGUCCCCAGCCAGCUCCAGGUCUGGUUUCUGCUGGGGAGAGGUUUGCAGGGACCAGGGGUGUUGGGCUGCAAAGCCCUCGGUGUUGCAGCUGGAGCAAUGGGGGCUGAUCUGAGUGUGGGGAGCCCUGGGGGUUCUGCUCUGAGGAGACACAAGGUAGGAUGUGCAUGCAAUGGCAGUGCAGUGUGGGCCACUAACACCUCUGCCAAGUGGCCAUCACGUCCCCAAAGGCCGGGCAAGGACAGGUCUGGGUGAUUUGCUUGUGGGUCCCAUCAUCUUGGUUGAAACUUGUAGAUCCAGAUGCUUCCACAACGCAUGUUUCUGCUGAGAGGUCUCCAAAUGGGAUGGGGGCAGCCCCCCAGAAUGGUUCCAGGUGCUUCCCUGAAGGCCAUUGUGUGUCCCCAGGAUGCAGCUCUGUUAUGAGUACCCCAGUGCACCCUGGGCCAGCCAAGGGGCUAUGGGGAGGUCCAGCCCUGUCCCCGCAUCCCAGUGCCAUGAUGCAGGUGGGAAGGGUGAGAGCGGGCCCAUGGCCAACAAGGGACCAAAACCCCCAGCCCCCAUGAGCUGCUUCUUUCCACUGGGACGUCGGCUCCUGGAUCCCCCUUGUCCCGCUCCCCUCAGGGGUAUAAGCCAUAUCUGUGUCCCUGGCAGUGGGCAAGAGCUUCUCGGUGCCACCUCUCCCACUGCAGGACCAAGCACCUGAGCUGGAAAGCGAGCAUUGGGAAAGGGUCCAGCAGCCCUGCCCAGUUCAGCCCAGUCUGUACUGGAGCACUGAUGUGAGCUGGUGUCCCCGUCCCAGCUCUGACCCCCCAGCAACCUCGUGCUCCCUGCUCCACUUUGCUUUCCUGGACUUGGUUUAACGAGGCUUGGGCAGAAGUUAAGCAGCGAAGGGUUGUGCAUCUUCAGGGAGGGUGGUUUGCAGUGGAGAACUGGAGCUCUGGUGUGCAGCCGGGGAUGCCCUGGGGACCUAACACCCAGGCUGGGACCUUGGUGCAGGGUGUCCUGAGCCUGGGGACAAAGUGCCAAAACUGAGCUCACCCCCUGAAGCCCCCUGUGGCCCCCAAAGGGCAUCUCAGUCCUGGCUGGAGGUGGGGAGAUGAUGGGAAACAGCUCAGGGGGUUAAGGUUGGACAUGGGGACGAGCCCUUUCCCCUGGAGGGAUGUGCAGCUCUGGGACAGGUCCCCAGGGAGGGAUGUCUAUCCUUGGGGGAGGUUUGGGGCUUGGUUUGCCAAGCCGUGAUCUGGUGGUGGGGGUGGUUGAACCAGAGACCUCCAAAGACCGCUUCCACCACCUCCUCGGCUGCAUUUGGUCCGUGUGUUAGGAUUCUCACACCCAUGUCCUGGGUCCUGGCCGUUGGAACGGCAGGGUGAAGGUGGCACUGGGGCCACGCUGGGCUUCAUGGGUCAUCAAGUGAGUGCCCCUGCAGGGCUUCUCCAGCGUUAAUUAGUCCCUUUUCCUACUGGAUGUGUCAGUGUCAGCAAAUGAGGUCCUGCCCUGAUUGUUUAGCUGAAGGGGGAGAAAUCUUGGGGGUUUUUUAAUUAACGGGGAAGCAGGGGUGGCUGAUGCCCCUCGGCUGGGGGCACUGGCGGGAUUUGGGCUCUUGAAUGAGUCUCAUUUCAGAGCCUGUUUUUCUCAAGCUCAUUUUGGAGUCCAUCCAGGC